CUAUCCUGAUCCUGAUGGUAGAACUUUGCCGAACUUGUGUUUCAGACGCAAUAGAAGUGCAAUAGACUGUUGUGGUCGUAGUGGGACGUAGUGCUCGUAGUGGUUGAUCUGUAUGCGGUUUAGGUGCAUGGGUUGUUGCUCGUUAUUUGGAGCAAUAGAAAAUUUGCGUCUUUAUUAAUAUAAUUACAUAAAUUAGAUAAGUAAAAUGGCUGACGAUGAGUUUGAUGGUGACGACGGUGGAGAUGACUUCGAGGAAGUGGACGAAGAUGAGAACCUUGAUGAGCUUGAUCAGCAGGAGGAUGAAGGUGAGAAUAUUGACAUCCUAGCGGCUGGAGAUGCCCGAGGUGGGGUGCAGAAGUCGAAGAGAAUCACCACUCGGUACAUGACCAAAUAUGAGCGAGCACGUGUGUUGGGAACGAGAGCGCUGCAAAUCGCAAUGUGUGCGCCAGUGAUGGUUGAGUUGGAAGGCGAGACCGACCCGCUGCAAAUCGCUAUGAAGGAGUUAAAGCAGCGUAAAAUCCCAAUAAUAAUCCGACGUUAUUUACCAGACAACAGUUACGAGGACUGGGGAAUAGAUGAAUUGAUAAUUAUUGAUCACUAAGAAUCAGACGUGCAGUCAUGUAUUGUCUCCUGUCCUGUACGUGUUCUUUUGAAUGUGUGUUAAAUGUUGAUAUGUAACAUAUGGGCUUGAACUUAAGUAUUAAAAGUUUAAUUUUAGCUAAA